AUGCCUCCAGACUCUUUAUUGGACGAAGAUGAAUUAUAUGUAUCCUCAGAAGACUCAGACUUCGCUCUGGAUGAUUCGCCCGACCAAACUUCCGAUCACUCUGACUUAGAAGAUUCCAGCGACAAAACAGCCAACAAAAGAAGUCGCCCACACGAUGAAGCCGAUGCAGGAUAUGACAACUCGGGUGAUGAAGCGAUCAUAAAAAGGGGUGAGAAGCGUCGUAAGAAAACGCAAGCAAAAGGCGUACAUGACCACGACGAGGGUGAGGGCGGUCUGAUCAAGACUCGUAGACAGCGUGCCGCUGAGAAAGAAGAGCGUCAAUAUGCGACAAACAACGAACCAGUCACUAUUGAUGUUGAUGCGCUAUGGGCGCAAAUGAUAUCUAAACCACCAACUCCGGCAAACAAGGACGAGCGACCCAACGACGCAGACACAAGUACCAACUUCAUCAACAACCCAAACGACUCAGCUGAGAACAAAUCGCACCCAACAAUAUCCGACCACUCGUCAACAAUGAUACGAAUCAAACGCUCGUAUAACUUUGCUGGUCGAAUUCACACAGAGGAAAAGCUGGUUCCGCGUGACUCAGCCGAAGCAAAGCUUUAUCUUGCCUCACAAGGUCAAGAGGCGCCCAAAAAUAGCCCUGAAAAGAGCAUUACCAGAAAGGCGUUCCGAUCAGCCUUCGAGCCUCAGGUAGAUCUUCUUCCCCAUCGGGCAGAUCUGAAUCUCGGAUUGGCCGCCCGGAUCAAGGCUGGCAAAGAAGCACAAGCCAAGAAACUCAAUGUUGUCGAGAAGAGUCGUAUGGACUGGGCUGGUUACGUGGACAAGGAAGGCAUCAAGGAUGAGCUUGAGUUGGCUGGCAAGUCCAAAGAUUCAUACAUGGCCAGAGAGGAUUUCUUAGCAAAGAGCGAGGCCCUGAGAGAAGAGGACUCGAGAAGGGCAAGGCUUGCUGGAAAAGUUUGA